GAUAUCUGUCUCUAUCUGUGACGUGGUCAUAGAGUAGUCGGAGCCGGCGCUGUCAUGUCCGCUACAUAUAUUCUAGGUUUGGAUGUGGGUACCACAUCCAUUAAAGCAGUUUUAUUGGAAACGGAAUCACGGAGUGUUGCUGCACGCCAGAGUUUAGCAACGACUUGUGACAUAGCCGAUUUGAAUGCAAUUCAGGCCAAGGAGCAGAACACCGUGCGGAUUUUGGACACUCUCAACCGGUGCGUCGGACUGUUGCCCGGGGACAAACUGCAACAUGUGUGCAGCAUCGGGGUAUCGGGACAGAUGCACGGGGUUUUGUUUUGGAAUGCGCAAAGUGGUGGCGAUUGGUCCGGAGGCAACUUCAGUCAGCUGAUCACCUGGCAAGAUGGCCGCUGCAGCGAAAGCUUCCUAUCCUCCCUUCCAAAACCAGAUUCACACCUCAGCGUAGCCACGGGAUUCGGCUGCGCGACAAUCUUUUGGUACAUGAAACACAGGCCCGAGUUCCUGAAGGACUUCACGGUCGCAGGUACCAUCCAGGACUAUGUGGUAUCCAUGUUGUGUGGAUUAGACAGAUGUCUUAUGACACCGCAGAAUGCAGCCAGCUGGGGUUUCUACAACACGUCUUCUAGCCAGUGGAACGUGGACAUUCUGAAUGGCGUUGGCUUCCCUUUGCGCCUGCUACCCGAGUGCGUCCCCUCUGGUCAGUUGGCGGGCCACACGCGCUCUGACUGGCACGGCAUCCCCGCGGGCACACCGGUAGGGGCCGCUCUGGGAGACUUCCAGUGUGCCGUCUACUCCUGCCUGAGUGCAAAGACAGAUGCAGUUCUUAACAUAAGCACCUCAGCCCAGUUGGCCUUCGCCAUGCCAGCUGACUUCAAGCCUCCCAAGUCUCCUCAGCCUGACUCCUCAGUCGCCUUCUUCCCAUACUUUGGCUCCACGUACUUGGCGGUGGCGGCGGCGCUCAAUGGAGGGAAUGCGCUGGGGGCUUUUGUGGACAUGCUCGGCGGCUGGAUGAGAGAGCUCGGUGUGGAGCUAAAAGAGCAAUCUAUAUAUGAGAAGAUGAUCGCUUGCGCUCUGAAACAGGAGAACAGCAAUCUGGUAGUGCGCCCGACCAUCCUGGGAGAGCGACACGACCCGUUCGCUCGGGGUCAGGUGACCAACAUCACCGCCUCCAAUUUCUCUCUGGGUCACGUGACCAGAGCGCUGUGCCGCGGGAUCCUGGAGAACCUGGCCUCGAUGAUGCCCGCCGAGCGCUUGCGGCAGGCGGGUGUCGACAGGAUAGUGGGCGGCGGGAGCGCCCUGGCGCGUAACGAGGUGCUGAGACAGGAAGUGGAGCGAGCGUUCGCUCAGCCGCUGAUAUAUGGACAGAAUGCGGACUCUGCCGUUGGCGUUGCUUCGGUCUUCUGUGACCGACUCAAAUCCAGCGAGGAUGCCGCUUCGAUGGGUAAAUGACAUUUGCCAGUAGCUUCUGCCAAACGGAUGGAUGGAGAUGCACUUCUGCUUUUCAUAGAGCACACGGGUUCUAGUUUGAGGGCUCCAAGGAAAAAAAGUAACCUUAUGCUACUCAGAUUAUUAUUUUUUUUAAUAUAUGAUUCUUCCACUGAUUCCAAAAUUGGCACAAAAGCUAGCAUUGCUCUUCAUUGCACUUUGGAUGGCACCGUGUGCUUAUAAAGCGCUCAUGUAAAUGCUUACACAGUGGGGGAAAUACAUUUGCAAGUUUGGUUGAAUAUCAGUGAAAAAUGGAUUCAAACGCAAUAUCAAGGUUGUACAGUAAAAUGUGCUUUUUAUGCAGUGAAGUAAGUAUUUGAUCCCCAGGCCACGCCGCAGCAUUCCAAUCGGAUUCGAGUCUGUGACACUGCGACUAGGCCGCUCCGAGAUCUUCAUUACGUAGAAAUAACAUUUUAAACGAAACGAACACGAAAUGUACAUUUUAGAAUUACAGUCUACAAAAAGGCAAACAGUCUCCAAAGUGCAAAGUUGAACGUCAUCGAGGUCGUUUGGGAUCAACUGCAUUUAUGGGACGUUUCUGAAGAACAUUCCUUUUCCAUUGUGGAAAGAAUUCAAGCUGCCUAAGAUAGCUACUAGAAUACAUUUUUGUUUCGAUAUGGAUGACACGAUUUCUUCCGGAACUUGAAUUGUUUGUUUCGUCUGUGCUUUCAUUUCACAGCGUGAGACAUUGAACUGCAUGAAUUUGAUUCUCAAAAGAAUAAACAUGUUCUCAAACGUU